ACCGGUCCAGCCUAUCGCAAAAUGGCGUCUUCAUUAAUGUCAAGAGGCUUUCGCACGUUUCAAGUUUUCACGAAAAAUACGAAAAUUGUUCGGACAUGUCCACUUCUAAAGAAUGUCAGAUGUGUUAGACUAUAUACAAAUCAAUCAUCUAAAAGGUUUCACCAGGCCAGUCAUCCUACAAAGAAAGCUGCAAUGAUUGGUAUAUUUGGUGCGGCAGGAGUUGCCAUGUUGUCAAAUGAGAAGAAAGACAUAAAGGCAGAAAUUCUUGAAUUAAUUGAAAGAGGAAAAUCAUUUAAUAUCAUAGGAGAUAAUAGAAGUAAUCGUAUUUUUGAAUCAGCAAAGGAUGAGGCUAAAAAAGCUUUGAGAAGGGGUAAAAUAUCAGAGGAAGAGAGAGAUAUACUGGUUGUAAUAGCAAGCAAGUUGCUUGGAGAGCAUUUCCUAGCAAAUGGAUAUAUAGAUAAAGCUGAAGAAUGUUUCAUGGAAGCACUUGAAUCUUACAAAAAGCUAGGAUUUGACAAAUAUGAUGACCCAUCCUUGGAGUUGAUACUGAGAUUGACAAACUGCUUUGCUCUGAAUGGCAGGGAAGUUGAGGCAAAGGAGAGCUUUGACAUGAUCAUCGACACACAGCUUCGGAAAAUAAAGGACAGCGAAACCACGUGUCCACUAAGUACAUACCAGAUCCUGUGGGCCACCCUCCAACUAUAUGGACGAUUCCUUAUCUUAAACAAGGACUACGACGAAGCAGAACGUUUGUUCUAUAUUGCAGAUGAUGUCAUGCAGAAAGCAAGUGGGGAGAUGUUCAGUGGGAGACAAGAUAUUUUGACAGACUUGGCUGGUGUCAAGAUUGUCAAACAAGACCUGGCUGGUGCCGAAGCAACAUUUGAAAAGGCCAUCAAAAUUGGAGAGAAAGGAAAUUCGCCAGAGUUAUGUUUGACUUAUUGUUACAUGGCAGACCUUGCAACAAGAAUGGGCAAUUUAGACAAAGCAGAAAAGAUGUGUACAAAUGGACUCCGAUUAGCCGAAAAACUUAAAGACUCGACCUGUCUUAACAAAGCAAAUCUGUAUAUAGGAAAGCUUCAAGAAGCAAGAACAAAUAAAACAAAAAGUAUGACCCAAGAAGAUAAAAGUGAUUAAGAUUUUCACAGAAUACGUGGUAUAUAUUUAUACUGUAUGUUUAUGUGUAUGUAUUUAAGUGAAAAGACUUGCAAGAUGUCUGUGUGGUGGUGGUGAAUGAGUUAAAAUAAAACAGGAGUUCAAAACAUGCACUCCGGAGAGCUUUUCACCUGAAUGUAUUUAGGUUCUUUAGAAAGAUAUAUUUAGGCCAGAAAGUUUGUAGAUAACAAUCCACUAGCACUAUCGCAUCUGCAACGGGAAUAAUUGUUCUUAAUGUAUUGUGAUUAUAGCAUCCUAGACAUGGACAUUACAAAAGUCAACACUUGAUAAUUUAUGAAACGAGUAAGUGGAAAUAUUGUUAUAUUUAAACUUUGCAAAAGGAAAAGCGAGGAUAAGAUGUUACAUUGACUUUUCAUUUCUAGAGUUUAUCAUUGAAAGUACAAAUUUUAAUGCUGGGGCUGUUACACUUGGUUCAUAGUUACAAAUUAUCAAUUCAAACCCUACAUUAGAUAUUUUCUAUGAGGAACCUUCACAGGUGCUUUUUGUUUUGGACAUAACUUGGACAAGUUGAAAUAUUGGGAUCAAAAGUCAAGGUCACAAUUACAAAAAAAAGAAUUUUGCGUUCGCACUUCCUGUUAUCAAUCUAGUGUCCAAAUUUUCAAACAUAUGUUAAUGAAACUUUACGGGUAUGAUUGCCAUUGACAAGUUAAUGUGAGCUUCAUGGUGCAAAGGUCAAGGCCGCUGUUAUUAAAAAUAGGGUUUUACAGAAAACGGAUAUUGAUCAAUCUAUACUAGUGGCCAUAUUUUUUUAAACAGAUUUUCAGGUAGCUUCAUGCAAGUAUGCCUUCGACAGACCUUAAAAUAAGUUAGAAUAUUAAGUUAUAUCAAGGUCAAAGAUACUAAAAUAGAAUUUACUGAAAAUAGCUUGUUAUCACUACAUCGGCCAAGCGAGGGACAAUAUUGGGAUUAUUGAGCCCUGCUCACUUUCUUCGGUUGUUAUUUUAUAUAUGUAUGUGUGUUGUUUUAUGUUGCCGUAUAUGACUAUAUACAAUUCUGUGAUGUUGUUAUAUGGAUAGAAAGAUUUAAAUUGCAUGGAUGUUGUAGAUGAGGAUAGGUAAAAUGCUGAAUUUAUGGUUCCAAAACAGAUCUAUUAAAUGCAGGUUGUUUAUAUUUUUGUGUGUUAAUUUGAAACCUGUCUAUAUGUACACCGAUCAAGAGACAUGGGCCACUGAUCGGUUGAGCUAAGACAUACUUCUCUACUUCCAUUAGACUAAUUUUGAUCAUAUGGUUGACCUGAUCAAGUUUUGGUACUUUUUGGGCCAAUUCAAAUUAAGAAAUGGCCAACCUAGUCUUUGAUUUACAAGGUCUUUCUUUUAUUUUUUCUCAAAUUCAACCAGUCAAUUCUUAAGAAACUUGUAUGUUAUGAGCUCACCAGACACAAAGGCCAAGACAUUAUAUGCCGCAAUACAUUUUCCUUUCCCCGCCAACAUUUCCGUUAGCUUACCCAAUACUAGAGUAGUUCAGAAUGGCUUACAGUGAUAAACAGAUUUUACCUAUUUGGUACAAGCACCUCUGAUCCAAAUUGCUACCAUUCUACAAUCCAAUGGGAGAAAAAGAAGCAAAUCUGUAAACCUAAAGUAAUGAAGCAUUCAUUGUUCCCUUCAGAUUGUGUUUAUGAAAUGAAGGUUUUGAUAUCACCCUGCAGACAGGAAUAGGCCCAAUAGGAAAUAUGCCAUUUCUUACCAUAGAACAGUCCUACGAUUUUGUUGUAACAGGAAUCUGCAAUCAGUAUUUUCAGACUUAUCAUGAUUUACUGCAUUUACAAAAUAUGAUUUUGUGCUUAGAUUAUAUUUAUUAUUUUGUCUACCUAAUCAAAUGUACAUAUUGUGAUUUAUUCCUGUGGAUGUUGUUAUGUUGACAAAUAAAACGGAAUACUUUUCAAUACAGCUUAGUUAUGUUGCCGGAUCAACUAAUGAUGAGCUUUGUCAUCUUAAGGUAAAUUGUCCACAUUCAAAAUUUAUUAUAAAUUAUAGUCUUUGUAUUUAGAGACCACCUUCCGAAAGUCUAUUGAGAAGCCUCUUAAUGUUGUGAUACAGGUUUAGUUAACAUAAUAAUUGUAAUCAAUUAAGUGGUACCUUUACAUAGGUAACCUCUUAAUACAGUGAUGCAUGAUUAGUUAACAUGAUAAUUGUAGUCAAUUAAGUGGUACCUUUACAUAGGUAACCUCUUAAUGUAGUGAUAUAGGAUUAGUCAACAUGAUCAUUGUAAUCAAUUAAGUGGUACCUUUACAUAGGUAACCUCUUAAUGCAGUGAUGCAGGAUUAGUUAACAUGAUAAUUGUAAUCAAUUACAUGGUACCUUUACAUAGGUACCCUCUUAAUGCAGUGAUACAGGAUUAAUUAACAUGAUACUUGUAAUCAAUUAAAUGGUACCUUUACAUAGGUAUAAACCUCUUAAUGCAGUGAUACAGGAUUAGUUAACAUGAUAAUUGUAAUCAAUUAGGUGGUACCUUUACAUAGGUAACCUCUUAAUGCAGUGAUACAGGAUUAGUUGACAUGAUAAUUGUAAUCAAUUAGGUGGUACCUUUACAUAGCUAACCUCUUAAUGUAGUGAUACAGGAU